GCGCACGACUAUUGGCUGAAUCGGAUUUCAAAGCACAGUCCCCGUUACUGCACCCAGACGCCUGUGCCGACGCUCCGUGCCUUAGUCCGGAGGUAAAAUGGCGCUGACUCAAGGAACAAAGAAGAAAGUUUGUUAUUAUUAUGACGGUGACGUCGGUAACUAUUACUACGGCCAGGGGCACCCCAUGAAGCCGCACCGCAUCCGCAUGACCCACAACCUCCUGCUCAACUACGGCCUCUAUCGCAAGAUGGAGAUCUAUCGCCCCCAUAAGGCCAAUGCGGAAGAGAUGACCAAAUACCACAGUGACGACUACAUCAAGUUCCUGCGCUCCAUCCGCCCAGACAACAUGUCUGAGUACAGCAAGCAGAUGCAGAGAUUUAAUGUGGGUGAGGACUGUCCAGUGUUUGAUGGCCUGUUUGAGUUCUGCCAGCUCUCCACUGGGGGCUCUGUCGCUGGAGCAGUCAAGCUGAACAAGCAGCAGACAGACAUCGCCAUCAACUGGGCGGGAGGACUUCAUCACGCCAAGAAAUCUGAGGCUUCUGGCUUCUGCUAUGUCAACGACAUUGUCCUGGCCAUUCUGGAGCUGCUGAAGUACCACCAGAGGGUGCUGUACAUCGACAUCGACAUUCACCAUGGAGACGGUGUGGAAGAGGCCUUCUACACCACUGAUCGCGUCAUGACCGUGUCUUUCCACAAGUACGGAGAGUACUUUCCAGGCACUGGGGACCUCAGGGACAUCGGCGCGGGGAAGGGCAAGUACUACGCUGUAAACUACCCCCUCCGAGACGGAAUCGAUGACGAAUCCUAUGAAGCCAUCUUCAAACCUAUCAUGGCCAAGGUGAUGGAGACCUACCAGCCGAGCGCAGUGGUGCUGCAGUGUGGGGCAGAUUCCCUGUCAGGAGACAGACUGGGCUGCUUCAACGUCACAAUCAAAGGGCACGCUAAGUGUGUGGAGUACAUCAAGAGCUUCAACCUGCCGCUGCUGAUGCUGGGGGGUGGCGGCUACACCAUCCGCAAUGUGGCUCGCUGCUGGACCUAUGAGACCGCUGUGGCCCUGGACACUGCCAUCCCCAAUGAGCUUCCCUAUAAUGACUACUUCGAGUACUUUGGACCUGACUUUAAGCUACACAUCAGUCCUUCCAACAUGACCAACCAGAACACCAAUGACUACCUGGAGAAGAUCAAGCAGCGUCUGUUUGAGAACCUCCGCAUGCUGCCUCAUGCCCCCGGUGUGCAGACUCAGGCCAUCCCAGAGGACGCCGUGCAGGAGGACAGUGGGGACGAGGACGAAGACGACCCUGACAAGCGGAUCUCCAUCCUCGCCCAUGACAAACGUAUUGCUUGUGAUGAGGAGUUCUCAGACUCUGAGGAUGAAGGACAGGGUGGCCGCAGGAACACCACCAGUUACAAGAAGGCUAAGCGGGCGAAGACAGAGGAGGAGAAGGAUGGGGAGGAGAAGGAGGUGAAAGAGGAGGACAAGGGGACAGUUGAAGAAAAAAUGGACACAAAGAGUACAAAAGAGGAGCUGAAAACGGCGUGAGCCCUGCCCCCCCACCACCCCCCGCCCCCCCAAAGGCACUGGCCCACCUGCAUGCAGAAGACAAGCCAUUUCACCUUUAAUGACCUUUCAGAAGGAACUGAGAUUUGUUGGUUUUUACAUGGCAGAUGGGAUGUGGACGUCUCCCAUGUGACUUUCCUUUGUUCUGGACAUCGGCCAUGUGCCUGAUGGGCUUUUCUUGGUAACACCAGUACGAGCAGCUUGGCAUUCGAUGCCCCGUCUCAUCCCAGCCCCCUGACGCCCUCCUCCCCGUUACUUUACUUUUUUAAAAUUUAAAUUUGCUUGUGAAGCCCCCCCCCACCCCCAUGGGUAUGAAUCAGAAUGGCUGGUUUUCACUGUGUGGCUUUUGUUUGAGUCAUGAUCAGACUUCCUUCAGGUUGCCAUGAGGUUCCUUGCUUUUACUCUAUCAUAUUUCUUCAAGUUGUAGUGGGGCCUUUAUUUAACAGAGUUGCAGAAGUAAUGGGCCUUUACUUCAGGCAGGCCUGAAUUAGAGGCCGGCCUGUAUUUAGAGACACUGGCGGAAUAAUGGGACCGCCGUUGGUAGCCCUUAUUUUCUAAUUCCUUCUGUUGCUGCAUUCUGCCGUUAGUAUAGAUUCUGUAUAUGAAUGGAUCAAACACCACCAUUGUGUCAAUUUGAACCCUGUAAAACAAAGUGCAUACAUUUACUGGAAAUAUGCUCUUAAUGAUAGAUUAGUGUAACAGGGCCAUUGAAAUUUUGAGUGUACCAGUGAUUGCCUUCUAAAUGUGUUUUAGGGUGGAAAUUAACUUGAAUGCCGUUUAAAUCAUACACGCGAUUAACUUGUGUGAAGUAUGGCCAGACAUGUACGAGAAUUUAUUGUAAGUACGCCUAGAAUAUGACCAAAACCUUACUCCAAAUAUGAACGUUAUAUAUUCCCUUUUCACAGCACAAUCAAAUGUCUUAUAACAAUCAUAUUUAACUGCAAGCAAAAUCUGAACUGAAAAACUAGGAUCUUACUUAAAUACAAAUAUUGCAGCUUAGGUAUGAUAAAUGAAACCUAGAAAGUCAUUUAAAACCGAACAAGUGCUGAAUGUUCAUUGUCCAUCAGAUAUAAGGAUGUUAAACUUUUAUUAACGCGCAUUUCACGAAGCACUGACACUGACUAAAUGCAGCCCAGAUGCACAUUUCUAUCUGAACUCCAGACUGCUCUGAACGUUUGUAAAUGUGCAAGCCUGUUCAUCUUUCAUUUUGUAAGUCCCAUAAUCUUCGUAUAGAUGUGCAUACACCUUCAAUUAUUAUUUUUAUAUAGCACUUUUCACCACAAUCAUCCGAAGGUUCUUUAUAUGGAUGUGUUGUGAUACAUUAAACAUCAUUAGGAUCCUGCCUUUUCCCCUGGCCUGUGCUGCCUCCUGUCGACCACACCCCUAGCAUUAUUUGAGGCCUGCCUUUUAUUUGAGUAAAUAUGCUAUUUGGACUGUUUUUCAUUUUGGUCCUGACAUUCCAAGCAACCUUGUGGGCAAGAGCCUCUCUGGCUGGAACUGGACCAGAAGGUGGGUGUGCAUGCAGGUGAGUGUGUUUGUGUGAGAGUCCAUGGGUUCUUGUGUUUCUACAAGUGUGCCUGCCUGUGUUUGCACGCAUGCACAUGUUUUGUGAAUGCACAUGUGGGUAUGUGUGCACAGGUGCGCAAAGGAGAGUGGAUUGGCAAGUGGGUGUCUGCAUUUGUGUUAGUAUGCAGAAGUGUGUUUGUGUGUUAAUGAUACUCUGCACGGAAGAGCUUGGCAUCAGACCUGCUGAUUUUGUGAUGCUACAGUGGGGCCUCAGCCUGUUUUUUGUUUUCAGGUUUUCUGAUAUUGAGUGCAAAUUGCAUUUAAUUGCCAGUAGGUCAUUUUCUCUUAUUUUUCGCGAAUGCAGCGUAGCUUCGGUUCAGGUGUGGUGCCAGUCAUCGGUGUAGGUCCCCUGUGCUGCGAGGUGCAACACCGUCGCUGUUAAUCACAUGGUUUUUGAGGUGUUUGUAUCAAAGAGAGAUCUUGUCCACCCAGCUGUACUUGGGUCUGUAUUUUAAAUAAAGUCUUUUAGUCUGAUUUAA